AACACAACGAUUUCAACGACCGGGACAUUUCUGUUGGACAGACGAUAACCACAGAAGGAAUGUCGUGAGCUCUUCAUUACUCUCAAAUGGUACAUCAUUAGAACAUCUCCAGUCAGGAGAUGAAACGACCUCUGUAAGUGGUGAAUCGGAUGGAAAAUCUGAACCAGACUCCGCUCGACAGUCACAGCAAAGUGAUUGUAUUAGUGUUACAUCGGAAGAGUCUUCUGGAACUUCAGAGGUCUUCGUGCCACGCAUUAUAAAACCACGAAAACGUCGAAGACGGGAUAAGAAAAUAGCCACGAUUCAGAGUUCGUUGUGUAGUGGAAGUAGUAUACUAACGUUAAUACCUUACCAGCCCUUGUGUUACAAGUAUUAUGAACGUCCCAAGACUGACACAAAAGAAACGCACAAUAGGGAACUUGGUGAUAGUGAUUCAGAAGAAUCGCAGCCACAAUUUUCGGAUUGUCGUGAUUCACAUGUGGAUCUGAAGUUACCUGAGUGUUCUUUAUUAUCGACUAGUUCCACUCAUUAUCGUGAAGGUCGUUAUCCAUAUCCUCCAUCUCCAUUUUGUAGAUGUAUAUACUGCGUAAAUUCCUCAUCUUCUAUGCUUCCCAUUAUUCCGAAACUAGACUCCUCAAAACCGUUAAUUAGAAAAGAAACGGUGAGUUCAUCUCCAGAAUCGGUGUGUGAAGUGACUGCUCGUAUUGUUACUUCUCCUUGCGGGAGUCGCGAUUUAGAAAUAAAGUUUCUCCCUACCUUGAGUUCUUGUUAUGGAGAUGAUAAAAGUACAGCAGACGAAUCUGAAACAGUCUCUACGUCAGGUUCAGAAUCAUCAUCUCCAUCUUGUAUAAGUCCUUUCACCCAACUUCAUCCUCCUCAAAGACCAUGGAUUCCCUUAGCCCUCCCAGAUAGCCAGAAGCCAACAUGUAUUUUCACUGUAAUGUGUUACAACAUCCUGUGUCCUAAAUAUGCCACCCGUCAGUUGUAUGGUUAUUGUCCAUCUUGGGCCUUGAGCUGGGAAUACAGACGGAAGGGUAUAAUGGAAGAAAUACGCCACUAUUCUGCAGAUAUCAUCUCUUUGCAGGAAGUAGAAACUGAUCAGUUCUAUAACUUUUUCUUACCGGAGUUAAAACAUGAAGGCUAUGAUGGAAUUUUUUCACCUAAGUCAAGAGCAAAGAUUGUACUGGAAAGUGAGAGAAAACAUGUAGAUGGUUGUGCCAUUUUCUUUCGCUCAGACAAAUUUUCUCUCAUUAAAGAUCAUCUUGUAGAGUUCAACCAGUUGGCUAUGGCUAAUGCAGAGGGGUCUGAUGACAUGUUGAAUAGAGUUCAGACUAAGGAUAACAUAGGUCUUACAGCACUUUUGCAAACCAGGGAAGGAGCAUUCGAAAAUGGUACAGCUGAUACCUCUCAGAUUCAUCAGCCCCUUCUGGUAUGUACAGCCCACUUACACUGGGAUCCAGAGUUCUGUGAUGUCAAGACCAUUCAAACUAUGAUGUUAAUGAAUGAAUUACAGAGUAUUGUAGAAGAAGCUUCACAGAGUUUCUAUUCAGGCUCUCAGAGGUGUGAUGCUAACAACAUACCUCUGCUUCUCUGUGGUGAUUUUAACUCUCUUCCUGGAUCAGGAGUUGUGGAGUUUCUGUCUUCAGGAAGAAUCUCUGUAGACCACAUUGACUUCAAGAAGCUAGGUUACAAAGAUUGUCUUCGGAAGUUAAGUAGCACAGAUAAAACAAAUGAAUACACUCAUGAUUUCAAGUUAUCCAGAGCAUACAAAGAUGACAUCAUGGCUUACACAAAUUAUACAUAUGACUUCAAGGGUAUCAUUGAUUACAUCUUCUACUCUAAGAAACAUAUUACUGUUCUGGGAUUGUUAGGAUCAUUAGACCAAGAGUGGAUAAAAGAGAACAAGAUUGCUGGCUGUCCUCAUCCUCACAUCCCAUCCGAUCACUUUCCACUGCUCGUUGAAGUAGAGAUGACCCUCCCAACUUCUUCACCAAUGCUCCUUAAUGGACUAAUGCUCAACAGGUAGCAGCUUUAAUUCCAGCUGUGGCCACAAGUUGCCAAUAUCAGCUGGUCAUCCCAAAUAGGGCACAAUUCUACUCACCAGGGGGAACAAAGACUUUAAAUGAAAUUUCCUGAGGCAGCUCUGUACUCCAUCAUUAAGUCACUCUUCCAGCAGUGAGAAAAAAAAGGAAUGUAAAAAUUUAUUUUUUUUUAGAAGCUUCACCUUGAAGGGUCCAUACCAUUUUUAAAUAGAUAACCAUUAUACAUUUCAUAAAAAUGCAGUUUUCCAUUUACAUUUACAUAACAACCAUGUAUUUUUGACUUAACAAAAGAAACUUACACCUUUCGACAGUAGUCUCACUGGAUAAUAUCUCUUCCCACCUACCCCCCAUUUUUUAAUUUUGAUUGUAAUGUACUUAUAUACUCAAUUGUAUCUUACCAUAAGAACCUGUGUAGUGGGACAUAUUGUGCAAACCAGAGCAACUUAAAUGUUUUAUAAUUGUACCAAUUUAGAUAUGACACCUUUUGUGUGAAAUGUUUUUUCUUGUUUUCAUUGUUAUAUAUGGUAUGAAUCCCACCAUCAAAUAUAAAUCAUUUGGAAUAAUCGAAAACAUUAAUUGUUCUUGUUAAUUCUUUUUUCCCAUACAAAUGUAUUAAAUUGUUUGGAGAAACUUGUGAUUAUGUAUGUGAUAGUGUUCUUUGUGUGUUUGAUGUUGUUUUUUAGAGUUUUAAACAUCAUUUGAAUAUUUUCUAAAUUUUGUCACUUCUCGUAAAUGGUGUUUGAUUCACUGCAGUAUGAUAUGUGGGUUUGUUUGUCAGUAGUGUUUUCUAGGGUUUUUUUUUCAAACAAUAAAUAGAAAUAUUUGCAUAAAAUUGAUGUUUGUGAAACUGAUCAAAAAGGAAGAAGAAAAUUUAUCUAAAUAUACUUGGUUACAUUGUCAAUCAAACUUACAUUUCAUAAUUACAAUACAUUAAUUGUUGAUUACUAUCUAAUCAUUCUUACCUUACUUUUAGUAGUUACUAUUUAACAAAAUGUUUUAAAAGGUUCUAAUUGGUAAACAUAUUGACAAAAUUCUUUGUAAAUAGUUAAAGAAAUUUGAAGGAAAAAUAGCUUACUCAAACCUGUAAAAAGUAUUAUUUAGUACAGUAAUGUUGAGGUCUGCUUUUGCUUUAGUAAAAGUGCUUGUACCAGUAAAUGUUGAGUAUACCAAACAUGCUUAUGUUUUACUUCACGUGGUAGCCCAUAGCCAAGAGUUGUGUAAUUUUCAGUUUACUGUAUGUUCUAAUGUAAAAAGCUCACUUGGUAGUUUAAUAAUUUAAAAACUAUUUGUUCUUAAU